AUGGUGCAGAAAUCGAGACCGAUAGAAUUCAACAAGUCACAAUGUGCGCUAUCACUAAAACUGAAUGCUACUUGUCGUCUUGAGGAUUGUUCUCAAUGGUUUUUGAGGGUGAAGCAUUUCGACACAUUAACUGCCAGCAGCAACGAACCUUAUUGUCAGGCUCUUUCUACCUAUCUGCACUGCCUCAACGACACAACACUGGCAUGUCGUGGAAAUCUACAGUUCUACACGAAUCUCUUUGCGAUGCGCAAGCAGUUUCGAGAGUUCAAUUGUGCCUUCUACAAGCCACGGCUAGCCGCCAAUAGAUGCAACUUUUUGCCGAAGUCACCACUUUCACGAAUGAGAAUGUGCUCGUUAUUCGGCGAUCCUCAUUUGCAGAGAUUCGAUGGCACCAUGCAGUCGUGCACGGAGGAAGGAGCUCGUCCACUCGUAGAUAAUCGGCAUUUUCUGAUUCAAGUGACCAACGCGAACAUCCGUAACGAGCCACACACGACGGCAGUUAGCAAGGUUACGGUACUCAUUCGUAGUCACAAUUGCACCCGUUCGCUGCACUACGAGGCAUCGUCGGACGAGGAAACGUUGCCGAUUUCGUUCAUCGACGGUGUCACGCACUAUAACGUCGACGACCGUCGCACCACCGUUGAAAUUCGUGCAAAUGGAGACUACGUCGAGAUUGCCAUGCAUCAUAUUCACUCCAGUGUACACAUCAGAAGACGAGGACCAAUCCUUGUAGCUCGGAAAACUAAUUUACCACAAAUCUUUGUGCUAUUGAGUACGCGUUUUGUUCCUACGAACACACUGUUCAUUCAGCUUGCAAAAAUCAUUUCACAGUUUCAGCGUUCAUCACCAUCUUCCGAAAGUCUGUGCACUACUGGUUGUCGAAAUCGAUCGAUUAUUGCGAUCGAUAGAGCUCUGGCUGCUUCUAAUCAAUUCGCUAAGUGCUACUCUCGAAAAUUACAUGUCCCUAUCAAAUUAGCGAUUGAUCGCUGCCGAUCUGUUCAAGUUACCGAUCAAUAUUUUGAUGCGUGCGUCUUUGAUCUAAUGCUCACAGAACUGACGUGCAUUCUUGAUCCAGGGGACGAAUACUUGGUGUCGAUGGCUCUGGAUGCACAAUCUGAUGCUCGGUCGUUGAUGCCCGAUGAGGCAAAACUACCUGUACAUAUUAACGGCGAAAAAUCCGACGAGGCCAAUGCAGACAAGCAGCGCCAACAGGAGGAACAGUGCAAGCAGCAAGUUUUCAGAUAUUCUACCGAUCAACUGAAGUGA